CAGUGUUGUGGAUACCUAAUCAGCUGGUGGGCGUGGCCCAGGGCAUGGACGUCACGCUGGAGUGCCAUACAGAGGCCUACCCCAACUCCAUCAACUACUGGACGGAUGACAAGGGGCAAAUGAUCCUCUCCAGCGGUCGUUUCGACACCAUCGUGGCGGAGAACGGAUACAAGGCAUACAUGAGACUCAAAAUCAAGAAUGUUCAGCCAUCAGACUUCAUGUCUUAUGGCUGCUACGCUAAGAACUCCUUCGGCGAGACCAACGGGAAUGUAAAAGUUUACGAAAUUCCUCGCCAGUUGAUGGUGAACGUCCCUGACCUCAAGGAGAGUGAAGAAGACAGGAAGAAAAAGAAGAAGAAGAAAGGGGAAGAGAAUAAUGAACUGGAGGAAGGGUGGGAUGGUGAACCACAGGGAGAGAAUCACACGAAGAACCACAGGAGGAAGGAGGGUCAAGCUGGCCGCAGCGACAGGCGUCGUGGUGGCAGACGAAGGGGUGAAGACGAGGAUGGCGACGAUGGCAUGGUCUCCACCGUCACUCCUGACGGUGUUAUUGAGUUCGAUGUUCGGAAGCUCCUCGGCAAGAACAAGAGGAAAGACACGGAAGACGAGGAAGAUGACGAGAGGAACACAGGUAUGCACUUCGACUCCCAUCCUGCACUUCGUAACUAUCCUUCGCGUGCCCCGAGCCUCGCUUCUUCCACUGUGAGAAUGCUACACCUCUUCCUCUUGCACUUCCUCCUGAAGGUCUUCUUCCCACUGAACAUGUCACCGCUUCCACUGCAAGUGUGAUGCGUCCAGUGGGACGGCAUAAGAAUAACAGUGGAAUCCAUUUUGUGAUAUGUGAUAAGCUUCUAAGGACUUCAGUUUAGCAAUCUUAAAGAUCUGCCGCUGAUGCCAUGCGUUCUGUUGUCUUUGGCACCUGUGACACAACUGUUUCUGGCUGCCUGGUUAAGCAGGCUGUUGCAGCUAACGGCCCGCAGGCUAACACAACCUUCAGAGGCUGGUUGAUCUGGUACAUGUAGCAGGUACUGGUCCAGUCGCCUCUCCUUUACGAUCGUUGCCAAGUGCUCAGGAAGCAGGUGAACACGUACUCCAAGUGUUCAUGCGAGUUCAAGGUUGAGCAUGACUGAUGUUCUAAUUCUGACAUUUUUCACAUGUUUUUUGUGGGUCUCGUAAUGCUUGCAGAUGUGUUACAGCACCACCAGGCAUCACCGAGAACCGAUAGAUGUCACUUAGCGUCAAGAGACGUUGCGUGAAAUCACCAGACAUCACAUUUAACUGGACGUCACAUAACAACAUUACACGCCACCUAAUAGGCCCACACAAACCACCUAACAUCACUACACGUUACCUAACACCACCACACGUUACCUAACACCACCACACGUCACCUAACACCACCACACGUCACCUAACACCAUCACACAUCACCUAACACCACCACACAUCAUCUAACACCAACACACUUCACGUAAAGCCAAGACACAUCACCUAACAUCAUAACACGUAAACUAACACCACCACACGUCACCUAACACUAACACACAUCACCUAAAGCCACCACACAUCACCUAACACCAAUAUACAUCACCCACUAACACACAUCACCUAAAGCCACCACACAUCACCUAACACCAAUACACAUCACCUAACACUAACACACAUCACCUAAAGCCACCACACAUCACCUAAAGCCACCACACAUCACCUGAAGCCACCACAGAUCACUUAACACCAUCACACAUCACCUAACACCAACACACAUCACCUAAAGCCACCACACAUCACCUAACAUCACCACACGUCACCUAACAUCACCACACAUCACCUAGCACCAUCACACAUCACCUAACACCACCACACAUCACCUAACACCACUACACGUCAGCUAAUGCCACCACACAUCACCUAACACCACCACACGUCACCUAGCACCACCACACAUCACCUAACACCAUCACACGUCAUUUAGCGCCACUACAUGUUACCUAGUACCAUAACACGUUACCUAACACCAUAACACAUCACCUAAUACCAACAUACUCCACCAAAAGCUACCACACAUCAUUUAACACCACCACACAUCACCUAACACCCCCACACGUCACCUAAAGCCAACACACAUCACCUAACACCACCGCACGUCACCUAACACCACUACAUGUCACCUAACAACCACACGUCAUCUAACCCCCACAACACGUCACCUAACGCCACCUUUCUUCUGCCGUCUCAACGCUUUCUUUUGCCUUUGUUACACUUUCUUUGUCCCUUUCAACCUUCUUUUAUCUUUUUUCCUUUACACCUCAUCUUUUUUCUUCACUCACCAUCUCUACUGCCUCUGUCUCCUCUCUCUUCUGUCUCCUCUUUCUCGUCUGUCUCUUCCUCCUCUGUCUCUUCUGUCUCCUCUGUCUCUUCUGUCUCCUCCUCUGUCUCUUUGGUCUCCUUUAUCUCUUGCAUCUCCCUAUUCUAUCUUUUAUUCUGGUAACCAAUGAUUUCAUAAUAGAUAUUUACGAGGAAGAAUUAAACCCGUAAGAAUAUCACAGGUGGCAAUCAGGUUUGACCCGAAGGAGAGGAAAGGCCGCUCCACUUCCUUGGAUCAAUAGAUCUUAAUCAGCAUAGGGGCCAGAGCGUGGAAUUCAUCCUAAGUCUGUAUUUAUUAUUUUG